AUGUUGCGCCUCAAUCGUGAUCAUGCCUCGUCUAUGAGUCGAGUGGGUGUCAACAGAGACUCGAUACAGUCAACGCUAACAGUACCGAAACUUAGCAGUGAGCGAUUUCACACAUAACAAACCAGCGUGACAUGGAGCCUACAAAUUUACAGAAAGCUAUAGCUGUAGCCAACAAAGCUGCACAGGAGGACCAGGCUGGAAAUUAUGAGGAGGCGGUUAAAUCUUAUCAACAUGCAGUUAAAUAUUUUCUGCAUAUAGUAAAACGUGAACCACAGGGUAAGGAUGGCAAUCAGAAGAUCAGAGAUAAGUGUAAGCAGUAUCUCGACAGGGCAGAAGAGCUCCAAGAUUAUCUUGAUAAGAGAGAGAAAGCUAUAGAUCUGGCCAGUAAGGCAUCUCAGGAGGAUAAGGCCGAAAACUAUGAAGAGGCCCUGCGUUUAUAUCAGCAUGCUGUUCAGUAUUUCUUGCAUGUUGUCAAAUAUGAAGCACAGGGUGAUAAGGCCAAACAAAGCAUCCGGGCCAAAUGUGCUGAAUAUUUAGACCGGGCUGAGAAACUGAAAGAAUAUUUAAAGAAGAAAGAGAAAGCCCCAGCGAAACCAGUAAAGGAGUCCCAGUCCAGUGACAAAGGGAAUGAGAGUGAUGGAGAAGGAGAUGACCCAGAAAAAAAGAAAUUUCAAAAUCAGCUCUCAGGAGCCAUUGUCAUGGAGAAGCCCAACAUUAAAUGGAAUGAUGUCGCCGGGUUAGAGGGGGCCAAAGAGGCUUUGAAAGAAGCCGUCAUUCUGCCAAUCAAAUUCCCACAUCUCUUUACAGGUAAAAGAACUCCAUGGCGGGGCAUCCUUCUGUUCGGGCCUCCAGGAACAGGCAAAUCUUACCUGGCCAAAGCGGUAGCGACAGAAGCCAACAAUUCCACCUUCUUCUCCAUUUCCUCCUCAGACCUGGUAUCCAAAUGGCUGGGAGAGAGUGAAAAGCUGGUGAAGAACUUGUUUACUUUGGCCCGAGAGCACAAGCCCUCUAUUAUCUUUAUCGAUGAGAUCGAUUCACUCUGCGGCUCCAGGAGUGAGAAUGAAAGUGAAGCAGCUCGCAGAAUCAAAACUGAGUUUCUGGUUCAGAUGCAAGGUGUUGGUAAUGACAAUGAAGGGAUCCUAGUACUGGGAGCCACAAAUAUCCCAUGGACGUUGGAUUCUGCCAUCAGAAGACGAUUUGAGAAACGUAUCUACAUCCCUCUGCCAGAAGAGCAUGCUCGUGGGUUCAUGUUCAAGCUAAAUCUGGGCACCACACCUAACUGUCUCACCGAAUCAGACUUCAUGACUCUGGGCAAGAAGACAGAGGGUUACUCUGGUGCUGACAUCAGCGUCAUCGUGAGAGACGCUCUCAUGCAGCCCGUCAGGAAGGUUCAGUCUGCCACUCACUUUAAACGGGUACGAGGAUCAUCAAGAAAUGACCCUAAUGUCAUAGUGGAUGACCUCCUAACCCCUUGCUCCCCAGGUGAUCCACAGGCUAUAGAAAUGACAUGGAUGGACGUUCCUGGAGAGAAACUUUUGGAGCCAAUUGUUUCCAUGUCAGACAUGCUGAGGUCCCUCACCAGCACAAAGCCCACCGUCAACGAGCAAGAUCUGGAGAAGCUGAAAAAGUUCACAGAGGACUUUGGACAGGAGGGCUGAACAGAGCCGGCCUCCCGAAACCAAAGCAAACAGAUUGUGAUUGUAAUGUCUUCUCUCUUGCCCUUCACACGCCCCUCUCUUCCUUUCGUACCCAUGCUCUUCCUCUGACCGAUGGACCCCCUCAGCUCAGGCUAAAGGCUAGAUCUAAAUUGAAAUGUGUCUCUCUUUAAGCCCAUGUCAGUUUUUUCAGGUUUUUUUUUUUUUUCUUUUCAAUAGCUGCUCUGCCUGCAAGGCUGCCACCAGUACCUUGUGACCAUCAUGCAUCUUUCAUCAUUAAUCAGCCGUCUCAAAUCAUAAUUAUUUGUGCUUAAUGUCUGUCGAUGACUAACACAGUCGGCAGGGCCUGAAAAACGAUUAGCAAAUGUAAUGAGUUGUUACUUUACGCUGUGACUAAUCAUUUGAAGAAAUACUAACGUCACUGUUGUUUACAGUUGCAUAAGUCUGAACGGACAAUAGUUAAGCUCCACUGACACAUGAAGACUUUUCAGCCCCAUCUUAAAAUGCUUUGUAGAACUAUUUAAAGUGGCUCUUGUUUGUUGUUGCAAAGACCUCUUUUAUGGGUGUUGGUAAUGAGAGCUGUCUUUCCAGAGUCUGUUUUUCCUUCUCGUUUGAGAAAGUCAUACUUUGAAUCUGCAUUGGCAUUUGAUGUAACACUUUGAGAUCUCCAUUUAAUAACUUAGGCACUCUUUACAUAUACUACAUAUGUCUCCAUGUACAGCGUUACUUUCAGUAUAUUACUGUAAAACUUGAUAUUUCUUCACUGAGUUAUGAGUUACAUUAUAUGUUUGGGGCCAACGUUGGACGUUUGUAAAUUCACUUGCUGAGGCUCAGCACACAAUGUGCCUUUUUAGCAUUCUCCUCCUGUCUCUGUCUCUCUCUUUCUCUCUCUCUCUCAAACUACAUACAGAUUCACACAUACUGAUGCUUAUUGAUGGAUAUAUAACUGUUUUUAUAGGCAGAACGUUUGGGAAUGAUUCGAUGAUAUUUGCACAUUUCAUUUAAACCUUUACAACUAUAUAUCAAUCUGUAUACAGCUCCUAUGCAUUUAUAGGGUGUUUGGUUUGCCAUUUAAAAAAAAAAAAAAAAAACCUAUAAGACUAUUAGAAUAACAAUAUAGUAUAGAAAUGUUUGGUUUGUUUUAAGGAUAUGUCCUGUUAAACUUUGUUUAAAAGUGGUUUAUCUCGUUCAUUUUAUUAUUCACAUGUAAAUAAAGGUUGAAAUGGAAA